CUGCGUGGCGGGAACUCCCCAGGGAAGCCCUCCCUCUCCGCGGUGGCGUCACCGGAGACCCUCCGCGUGCGGCCCGGGUAGCGGAGCGCGUGUGGAGCCGCGCGAGUCUGCGGAGCCAGGCCCGGGGCGUGUCUGUAGCCAGCGCUUCCCUUCGGCGUUCUUCAGCGUCUCUGACUGUAAAACCGCUCUUUUCCAGAUCCCCGCGACUCUGCCCAGAGACUCCAGCCCGCUCAGGACAAUGGCGGCCGCCGAGGUGCUCACCAUUGGUAAAAAACUUUAUGAGGGGAAAACAAAAGAAGUCUAUGAAUUGGUAAAUAACCCAGGAAAAGUCCUCCUGCAAUCUAAGGACCAGAUUACAGCAGGAAAUGCAGCUAGAAAGAAUCAUUUGGAAGGAAAAGCUGCAAUCUCCAAUAAAAUUACCAGUUGUAUUUUUCAGUUGUUACAGGAAGCAGGUAUUAAAACUGCUUUCGCUGGAAAACAUGGGGAGACAGCGUUUGUUGCACCUCAGUGCGCAAUGAUUCCAAUUGAGUGGGUGUGCAGGAGAAUAGCAACUGGCUCCUUUCUCAAAAGAAAUCCUGGUGUCAAGGAAGGAUAUAAGUUUUACCCCCCAAAAGUGGAGAUGUUUUUCAAGGAUGAUGCCAACAAUGAUCCGCAGUGGUCUGAGGAACAGUUAAUAGCAGCAAAGUUUUGCUUUGCUGGACUUGAUAUAGGCCAGACUGAAGUGGAUAUCAUGAGUCAUGCUACACAAGCUAUUUUUGAAAUACUGGAGAAAGCUUGGUUGACCCAGAACUGUACACUGGUUGAUAUGAAGAUUGAAUUUGGUGUUGAUAUAACCACCAAAAAGAUUGUUCUGGCUGAUGUUAUUGAUAAUGACUCCUGGAGACUCUGGCCAUCAGGAGAUCGGAGCCAGCAGAAAGACAAACAGUCUUAUCGUGACCUCAAACUAGUAACUCCUGAAGGACUUCAGAUGGUAAAGAAAAAUUUUGAAUGGGUUGCAGAGAGAGUAGAGUUACUCCUGAAAUCAGACAGUCAGUGCAGAGUUAUAGUAUUGAUGGGUUCAAUUUCUGAUCUCAGUCAUUGUGAGAAAAUUAAAAAAGCUUGUGGAAAUUUUGGAAUUCCAUGUGAACUUCGAGUAACAUCUGCUCAUAAAGGACCAGAUGAAACCCUGAGGAUUAAGGCAGAGUAUGAAGGAGAUGGCAUUCCUACUGUGUUUGUGGCAGUGGCAGGCAGAAGCAAUGGCUUGGGCCCAGUAAUGUCUGGAAACACUGCGUAUCCUGUCAUCAGCUGUCCUCCCCUCACACCAGACUGGGGAGCUCAGGAUGUGUGGUCAUCUCUUCGGCUGCCUAGUGGUGUUGGCUGCUCAACCAUACUAUCUCCAGAAGGUUCAGCUCAGUUUGCUGCUCAGAUAUUUGGAUUAAACAACCAUUUAGUAUGGGCCAAACUUCGAGCAAGCAUAUUGAACACGUGGAUUUCCUUGAAGCAAGAUGACAAGAAAAUCAGAGAAUGUAAUUUAUAAGAAAAAAAAAAGUUAUUCAUGAAUGAAAUGUUUUUUCAUUCUUCUGAAAACAAUAAAUUCCUAGUUUCAUAGCCAAAAAGAAGCAAGGUAAAAAGAUGAUUUUAAAUGAAUGGAAAUGGUUUACUAGCAUAUAAGAAUUUCUAGACACAAGGAUUAGUAAAAUGGCUAUUAGCAUUUACUAUAUAGGUAGCAAAAUUAUUAUAGCAUUUUAGAAUUAAUCUUCCCACUCUACAUGGUUAUUGUUAGCUAACAGGUAACAUACCUGAAUCAAAUAUAUUUUGUAAAUGCAAAUGUCCUUUUCUAAAGAUCUGAAGUUAUUACCCGCCCUUUUGUGUCUUCAUGCAAAUUUUGGAGACUGAAAUGCUUUCAGUUUCUGGUCUUCAAAUUUAAAGGUUGUGCAGUUUUAUUUUUCAAGGACCCUUUGCAUAUUCCAGGAAAGCAUGCACAAGGCCUUGGGUUCAAUCCCCAGCAACAUAGAAAAAAGGAAGCUGAGAUUGAUGUUCGGAGAAACAAGUGAGGAAACACAGUGAGUGGAAAGGGGACUUUUCUGAGAUCUUUUUUUGUUAUCAGUACAGUUUUCCUUGGAAAAAGUAGUCCCUUGCCAUCCUAAAUGAGAAACUAAAUAAAUCUUACUUAACUAUGUAA